UCGUACCGGCUAGAAACUUGAUCACGAAAUAAACCUUGAUUUCAAUUUUUCUCAACUCGCCUAAUUUGUUUUGUGGGUAAAAUGACUGAAGCUUUGCUGCAGUGGUGUGCUGACCAGUUAAACCACCAAUUUGGCUUGGAGGCAUCAGAAGACAUUGUCAAUUACAUUCUCUCCAUUGAGAAACCUGAGGAGAUUGAAGAGUAUGUGGGAGACCUUCUUCAGGGUACCGAUGGAAAAAAGGGCCAGUUUAUAAAUGAGCUCCUAAGCAGACUGAAGAAAAGUCAAAGACGAAGUGCGGACACCGCAGGUCUUUUUCUACUCAAAGAUUCUGCUUCACCGACAGAAAUGCAAGACACCACCAAAGAUGCCCAGAAGAAGUCCAAACGUAAGGGGCGAAACAAGCAGGAAGUGAUGACUUUGACCCGAACGGAGCCAGAACCUGAGCCAGUCAAAACCCCCAUGGAUUUAAUGAGGGCCCAGGAAAACAGUAACACUUCAUCAACCAAGAAGAAAACCAAGUAUGUUAACCUUUACGCUAAAGAGGGUCAGGACAAGCUGACAGUUUUACUCCCAGGGCGACACGCCUGCGAGUGCCUUGCCCAAAAGCACGCCCUCAUUAACAACUGCAUCAGCUGUGGGCGUAUUGUGUGUGAGCAGGAGGGCUCGGGACCCUGCCUCUUCUGCGGAAGCUUGGUUUGCACAAAAGAGGAGCAGGAGAUUCUACAGCGAGACUCCAACAAAAGUCAGAAACUCAGGAAGAAGCUUAUGGGAGAUGUUGCAGAAAGGGAGCUUCUGCCACAUCAGGAGGCUAAGAUGAAAGCCGGGUUGGAGAAAGCAGUUCAGCACAAAGAGAAACUGCUGGAAUAUGACAGGAACAGUGUCAGACGGACGCAGGUCCUGGACGAUGAGUCAGAUUACUUUGCUACUGAAUCCAAUCAGUGGCUGUCGCCAAAUGAGAGGGAGAAGCUGAGGAAAAUGGAAGAAGAUCUGCGAGAACUUCGCCACUCCUCUCGUAAGGACAGGAAGAUCACCCUGGAUUUCGCUGGUAGACAAGUGAUUGAUGAGGGAAACAAUAUGAAUGAGUAUUACAACAAGUUGGAUGAGACCCUCAAAGCUAUGAACAGUGGGUCAACAACAGAGUCUCCAGGUUACUCUGAGAGAAAAGGUGGAAUGCAGAACCUCAGGGUGCUGGUCAACCCAAACAUUAAGCAGUCUGCACCUGAAUGGGUGGACAUUGGAGGCAGGGAACACAACAAGCAACCGAUGGAGCAGAGGAAAAGUUUGAUGGAGCAGAAAGGUGAUGAAGAACGCCAAAGGUUGCGGCUGCAAGACAAAGAGCUGCAGGAGAUGUCCGAUGCAGGCAUGUGUCUCAGUAUGCAUCAGCCGUGGGCAUCACUGCUGGUCAAAGGCAUUAAGAGGGUAGAAGGAAGGACCUGGUAUACGUCACAUCGAGGUCGCCUUUGGAUAGCUGCAGCCGCCAAAAAACCCACACCUCAGGAGAUCGCUGAGGUGGAACAAAUGUACCGCUGCCUCUACAAGAAAGAGCCAAAGUUUCCCAAAGACUAUCCCACCGGAUGCCUUUUGGGAUGUGUUAACGUGAUUGAUUGCCUCUCUCAAGAGCAGUUUAGAGAACAGGUUGGUGAAUUACUAUAUUUCUAUUGAAUUAACA